CUUUGCUAAACUCGGAAGUUUCGUGAUGAUCAUUCGUGGGAUAAGCAUUGACGACACACCACGUCAAGUGUUGGAAUAUUAUAGACCAUUCUCGAAACAAAAUUCCUUUCUUAAUCUCCACGCUUCAGUGUUCUGGAUUCUUCUUUCAUCUCCUUAUAAAUCAACAACCUUUCCUAUCUCUUUCAUCAUCAAUCUUCUCAGUUCUCAAUUCUUUCUCUCAAUUCCUCAAAACCAAUCACUCUCUUCUUCUUUCUUAUAUCAUCAUGCAGAUUUUCGUGAAAACCUUGACCGGCAAAACAAUAACCCUAGAGGUAGAAUCAUCCGACACAAUCGACAACGUCAAAGCCAAAAUCCAAGACAAAGAAGGAAUUCCACCUGACCAACAACGUCUCAUCUUCGCCGGAAAACAGCUAGAAGACGGUAGAACUCUUGCGGAUUACAAUAUCCAGAAAGAGUCCACGCUUCACCUUGUUCUCCGUCUCCGUGGUGGCAUGCAAAUCUUUGUCAAAACCCUAACAGGGAAAACCAUAACCCUGGAAGUUGAAUCUUCUGACACAAUCGACAACGUGAAGGCGAAGAUUCAAGACAAGGAAGGCAUUCCACCGGAUCAGCAACGAUUGAUCUUUGCAGGGAAGCAGUUGGAAGAUGGAAGAACUCUUGCGGAUUAUAAUAUCCAGAAAGAGAGUACGCUUCAUCUAGUUCUGAGGUUGCGCGGUGGGAUGCAGAUAUUUGUGAAGACGUUGACCGGGAAGACAAUUACUCUAGAGGUGGAGAGUUCUGAUACUAUUGAUAACGUGAAGGCCAAGAUUCAGGAUAAGGAGGGCAUUCCACCGGAUCAGCAGCGAUUGAUCUUUGCUGGAAAACAACUUGAGGAUGGGAGGACUCUCGCUGAUUAUAAUAUUCAGAAAGAGUCUACGCUUCAUCUUGUUCUCAGGCUACGUGGUGGUGGUGGUGACGAUGUUUAGAUUUAAAUCCAUAAGUUUCUAGUUUUUUCUAGUUUCUGUGUUGUUUUUUCGAUUUGUGUUCUGUUGCAAUGAUUAAAAGUUCAUUAAUAAAAGUUUCAAUUUGAUAUUAUUGUUUAAAUUUA